AUGCAGCAUCUCGAAGAGCUCUACUACCCGGUGCACCUGAAGAUGCUGCAGAACGCCUCCGAGGACUGCCUCUACCUGAACGUGUGGACGGCCGUGCCUGACCAACACCAGAUCACCUCCGGAGCUAACCUGAAGCCCGUGGUGGUGAUCCUGCACGGCGGUGGGUUCAGCAUCGGCAAUACUGGCUCCCUCCUCUACGAUGGCUCGGCGCUGGCUGCGCUGGGCAACGUGACCGUGGUGUCGAUGAACUUCAGACUCGGAGUGUUCGGCUUCCUGGACGCCAUGAACAGGCAGGCGCCCGGCAACGUGGGUCUUCUGGACCAACGCAUGGCGCUUCUGUGGGUGCGUCGCAACAUUCAAGCAUUCGGCGGCGAUCCUGAAAAGGUGACACUGCUGGGCCUGAGUUCGGGCGCCGCGUCGGGCGGUCUUCACAUGGCAGCGCCCCAAAGCCGGGGUCUCUUUUAUGCCGCCAUCUUGGAAGGAGGAGGACCCCUGUGCGAUGCGUUUGUCGAGCCGUCUCGCCAAAGCCUCCAGCGCGCCAACCACCUGGCCGGUCUGCUCAGCUGCUCGCGAAUGGGAGCAGAGCUCGGCAAUCGGCCCGGACAGGUUCUGGCCUGCCUGCGCAGCCGCCCGGCCGAAGACCUGCUGUGGGCGCAAGAGCGCGUCGCGUCCAGCUCGCUCAGGUCGUUCGUGGCGACGUACGGGAACUCGUUUUUUCCCAAGUCUCCGUGGAAGGCCAAGUACUUGCUGGUGCCGCUACUCAUCGGCACCUCCAGCAACGAGGGUAGUCCUUUCAUCGCUCGCCGAUGCUCUGAUCAGCCGCCCAGUCGCAAUCCUCUGAACCAGUCAGCUGCGCAGGGACAGGCCGUCAGCUUAUUUCACGGGGCAACAGCAAUGUAA